ACACACAACAACAGUGGCUUCGAAAGAUUGGCGGUCGAAGCGCAAAGAAUAGGGUGCCGUUUGAUUUUAAAGUUAUUGUACGUCACAUAUAGCUAAAUACGUUAGUAUGAUGCAGAAUAAGGAGAAUUGUGAUCCUAAAGGCCUACAAAGACCGAUGGCAACUUCAAUGGCUUCUGUGGGUCCUCAGAGAGUUCAAAUGCCCUCUGCCCCAGAGGCUACAGACAAAAACGCAAUUACAGGUCCUGGGAGAGAGCCUGCGACAUCUUCAUCCAGUGCAGCUCAAGCAAAGAAAUUCACCAUCAACGACUUUGACAUCGGGCGGCCCCUGGGCAAGGGCAAGUUUGGGAAUGUGUACCUUGCGCGGGAUAAGAAGCUGAAGUUCAUUGUGGCGCUGAAAGUGCUCUUCAAGUCUCAGAUGGAGAAGGAAGGUGUGGAGCACCAGCUCCGAAGAGAGAUUGAGAUUCAGUCCCAUCUUAGACACCCCAACAUCCUCCGCUUUCACAACUACUUCCAUGACCGCACCAGGGUCUUCCUGAUCCUGGAGUACGCCCCCCGGGGUGAGAUGUACAAAGAGCUGCAGAAAUGUGGUCGCUUCGAUGACCAGCGCACUGCUACGUACAUGGAGGAGUUGGCUGAUGCGCUGCAGUAUUGCCAUGAGAAGAAGGUGAUCCACCGGGACAUCAAGCCUGAGAACCUGUUGCUGGGGCUCCGUGGGGAGCUGAAGAUAGCAGACUUCGGCUGGUCUGUCCAUGCACCAUCCCUAAGGCGCCGUACAAUGUGUGGAACACUGGACUACCUGCCCCCAGAGAUGAUUGAGGGGAAGAUCCACGAUGAGAAGGUGGACCUGUGGUCCAUCGGGGUGCUCUGCUAUGAGUGCCUUGUUGGAAACCCCCCGUUUGAAACUGCCAGCCACUCCGACACGUACAAGCGCAUCACAAAGGUUGACCUGCAGUUCCCCAAGGUGGUGUCUGAUGGUGCUCGGGACCUGGUCUCUAAGCUGCUCCGCCACAGUCCCUCUAUGCGGCUCCCGCUGCAGGGCGUCAUCAACCACCCCUGGGUGAAAAGCAACUCCCGACGGGUCCUACCUCCCGCCUUCGCUCCCAAGAAACCCUAACUGUCCAAUGUUCCAGCCUGUCUACGCUUCUAAGAAACCCUAACUGUCCAAUGUUCCAGCCUGUCUACGCUUCUAAGAAACCCUAACUGUCCAAUGUUCCAGCCUGUCUACGCUUCUAAGAAACCCUAACUGUCCAAUGUUCCAGCCGUCUACGCUUCUAAGAAACCCUAACUGUCCAAUGUUCCAGCCUGUCUACGCUUCUAAGAAACCCUAACUGUCCAAUGUUCCAGCCUGUCUACGCUGCCAAGAAACCCCAAAACCACCAUAGACAUACAUAUUCAUAUGUUUAUAAAUAAUUGAAUAUUCAUGAUUAUAAAUAAUUGAAAACCACCAAGUCUGUUCCAGCCUGCCUUCUACCUGGGUGGAGGACUGACUCUUACCCUGCUGAUUGGGAGGGACUGUGGAGAUACGUGUUUUUGAUUUUCCCACUUUCAGGGAUUUUCACAUUUCUUAGUUAUCCGGACAAUCUUCAUCCACAAACUUUUAGUUUCACCCGCAGAUAUAGAUGGAUCUCCAGAUCUGUUAAGCUGGGACAACCAAACGACUAUAGAUUACUGUCAUUUUUAUUUCCAUUCAUUCCCAGAACAAUUCAAGGGCGCCCUCUACUGUGAGAAAGAUGAUUCCUUAUUUCUUGCGUUUCUUAAAUAGAUUUUAUAAAUGUAUUUACUUUGUCUUUGCUUUCCUAUCUUCUGUUUUCAAAGCACCUUUUUGUACAGCCUGCAUGAAAGAUCCUCUACAAAGCUUAUUCUGUAUCUGUGUUCCUUUUGCAACGGUUUUGAAAUAAAAAUGGCAUCGGGUGCUUCACAGGAUGAUGCCAAAUUAAUUUAUGGAAAAGGGUGGCAAGGAUCAAUUGAGGUUAUGAAUGUAGCGGGUGAAAUUCCAUGUCUUACCCCCUUGUGCCAGCUGAUGUCAGUGGUGUUCUGUGGUCCACUGGGAGUAGCAUUAUCCUCAGUCCUGCAAAUUACUCCUGUCAUGGGGUGACAGUUUUUCCCUGGGCUGUUGUCUCUGGGGUGCAUCUGAAAUGGCCACAGCCGUGGUCAAAAGGAGUGCUGUCUAUAGGGAAUAGGGUGCCAUUUCAUACGCAGCCUGGAACACUGACAGAAGAUAAGGAUACCUGUAAUACAUUGUAAAGCAUGGCUGUGACUGUAAUAAAAACACUCAGGGCUGUGAGUAAUUAUACUGUC